AUGUCAAAAACAAAUAAAUCCAAGUCUGGAUCUCGCUCUUCUCGUUCAAGAUCUGGAUCAAGAUCUCGUUCUCGUUCAUUUUCAAAGUCAAGAUCCCGAAGUCGAUCUGUAUCUCGUUCAAGGAAGCGCAGACUAAGUAAGAGUCCACCAGGCACUGGCUCCACAUAUGGCUCAUCUCAGAAGGAAGAGACUGCUGCUUCUGGAGGAGCAGCCUAUACAAAGAGGUAUCUAGAUGAGCAGAAGACAGAGAAUGGAAAAGAUAAGGAACAGAAACAAACAAAUACUGAUAAAGAGAAAAUUAAAGAAAAGGGGAGCUUCUCUGAUACAGGCUUGGGUGAUGGGAAAAUGAAAUCUGAUCCAUUUGCUCCCAAAACUGAUGUUGAAAAGCCUUUCCGGGGCAGCCAGUCUCCCAAAAGGUAUAAGCUUCGAGAUGACUUUGAGAAGAAGAUGGCUGACUUCCACAAAGAUGAGCUGGAUGACCAAGACAAGGACAAAGCUAAGGGAAGGAAGGAAUCAGAAUUUGAUGAUGAGCCCAAAUUUAUGUCAAAAGUCAUAUCAGGUGCAAAUAAAAACCAGGAGGAGGAAAAGUCAGGCAAAUGGGAAGGCCUGGUGUAUGCACCUCCAGGAAAAGAGAAACAGAGGAAAACGGAGGAGCUAGAGGAGGAUUCUUUCUCAGAGAGAUCCAAAAAGGAGGAUCGGGGAGGGACCAAGAGAACCGAGAGUGGGCACAGAGGUUUUGUGCCUGAAAAGAAUUUCCGGGUAACCGCAUACAAAGCAGUUCAUGAGAAAAGUUCAUCACCUCCCCCGAGAAAGACCUCUGAGAGCCGAGACAAGCUGGGAGGAAAAGGAGACUUUUCCACAGGGAAGUCUUCCUUUUCCGUCACUCGAGAGGCUCAAGUCAAUGUCCGGAUGGACUCUUUUGAUGAGGACCUUGCACGACCCAGUGGAUUACUGGCUCAGGAACGCAAACUUAGUCGGGAUUUAGUCCAUAGCAACAAAAAGGAGCAAGAAUUUCGUUCCAUUUUCCAGCACAUACAGUCUGCUCAGUCUCAGCGUAGCCCAUCAGAACUGUUUGCUCAGCACAUAGUGACCAUUGUUCACCAUGUUAAAGAGCAUCAUUUUGGGUCCUCAGGAAUGACAUUGCAUGAACGUUUUACUAAAUACCUUAAGAGAGGAACUGAACAGGAAGCAGCCAAAAACAAGAAAAGCCCAGAGAUACACAGAAGGAUAGACAUUUCCCCCAGUACAUUCAGAAAACAUGGUUUGGCUCAUGACGAGAUGAAAAGUCCUCGAGAACCAGGCUACAAGACUGAAGGAAAAUACAAAGAUGAUCCUGUUGACCUCCGUCUUGAUAUUGAACGUCGUAAAAAACAUAAAGAGAGAGAUCUUAAACGAGGUAAAUCAAGAGAAUCAGUGGAUUCCCGAGAUUCAAGCCACUCAAGAGAAAGAUCAACUGAGAAAACAGAGAAAACGCACAAAGGAUCAAAGAAACAGAAGAAGCACCGCAGAGCACGAGACAGGUCCAGGUCCUCAUCUUCUUCCUCCCAGUCAUCCCACUCCUAUAAAGCAGAAGAAUACACCGAAGACACAGAGGAGCGAGAGGAAAGCACCACAGGCUUUGACAAAUCAAGACUAGGGACCAAAGAAUUUGUGGAUCCAAGUGAAAGAGGUGGAGGCAGAGCUCGAGGAACCUUUCAAUUUCGAGCCAGAGGGAGAGGCUGGGGCCGAGGUAACUACUCUGGUAACAAUAACAGCAGCAGCAACAGUGAUUUUCAAAAGAGAAACAGAGAAGAAGAGUGGGACCCAGAGUACACACCCAAAAGCAAGAAGUAUUACUUGCAUGAUGAUCGCGAAGGUGAAGGUAGUGAGAAGUGGGUGAGCCGAGGCAGAGGCAGAGGCACCUUUCCACGGGGUCGAGGCCGGUUCAUGUUCCGGAAGUCCAGCACCAGCCCCAAAUGGGCCCAUGACAAGUUCAGUGGAGAGGAAGGGGAAAUUGAAGAUGAUGAGAGUGGGGCAGAGAACCGAGAAGAGAAGGACAGUUUACAGCCCACAACUGAAUAA